AUGACUGUUGGCUGGGAUCUUCCGGCACUGCUGCGGAGUGACCCACUGCAGAGUGACCCGCCGCAGAGUGACCCGCUGUGGAGUGACCCACCGCAGAGUGACCCGCCGCAGUGUGACCUGCCUCAGUGUGACCUGCCUCAGUGUGACCAGCUGCGGUGUGACCCGCCACGGAGUGACCCGCCGCAGAGUGACCCGCCGCAGAGUGACCCGCCGCAGUGUGACCCACCGCAGAGUGACCUGCCACAGUGUGACCCGCCAUGGAGUGACCCGCCGCGGAGUGACCAGCUGCGGAGUGAACCGCCGCGGAGUGACCAGCUGCGGAGUGACCCGCCGUGGAGUGACCCACCAUGGAGUGACCUGCCAUGGAGUGACCCGCCGUGGAGUGACCCGCCGUGGAGUGACCCGCCAUGGAGUGACCCGCCACGGAGUGACCUGCUGCGGAGUGACCCACUGCGGAGUGACCCGCCAUGGAGUGACCUGCCAUGGAGUGACCCAUCGCAGAGUGACCCGCCGCAGAGUGACCCACCCUGGAGUGACCUGCCGCAUAGUAAGCCACCGCAGUGUGACCAGCCACAGAUUGACCCGCUGCGGAGUGACCAGCUGUGGAGUGACCCGCCGUGGAGUGACCAGCUGUGGAGUGAACCGCCGUGGAGUGACCAGCUGUGGAGUGACCCACCACAGAGUGACCCACUGCAGUGUGACCCGCCAUGA